AUCGUUGGAAAUUGACUGCGAAUGUAUUCGCCACAGACUGCCAUGCCAGUUAAACUAAUGAUCGAAUAUAUCGAAGGGAAUUCGUUCGAAAUACUUGAAAAAACAACCGCGCUUGACAGAAUGGACGUCACAGUUUUCUCGAACACUGUGAACACAUGUUUACGCCAUUUUGAAAUAUAGUAUACAACAUACAACCACAGUUGGGACGGAACAUCGGUCCGAACGUAUCGUGUCUCAACAUCUUACGAAAUUUCUAAAAGAUGCACAUAUUUUCCUCUUCCGUGUUACAUCAAAAAGCGAAGUAGCCAUGUUGAAGCUGUCAAAAGUGAUUCUUGCUGUUUGAUUGUGUGUGCGGUACGCUUUGCGUUUAUGUUCCCAGAGAAAUGUUGAAGGGAGCCGAAACCGUUAUUAAUCUUGACGACGAAAUUCUUAAUUACCUAUCGGAUAGCGAGGAAUCUGAUAUUGACGAUCAUGAAAGACCCGCUCCACCGAAACGACAGUGCACAGGAUUUAUUAAAAUCAAAGAAACCCUCUGGGAAGAGGCAAAAAAUUGGGACGUGAAGGAAGACACGAUACGAGAUUCGGAGAAUAUCGAAUACGACGAAGCAGAAAGAUAUACCAGGGAAGAAUUAAUAAAAUGGCAGAUGUGUCAAUUGACAGCAGCAUUUCUGGAUAAUAUUAUCAACAAAUCAUUAGAGAAUUAUCUUAUGGGAGCAUCCUCUUCUUAUCCCCUACAAGAAUCUAGAUUUCAAACGAUCAGAGGAAACGAUAUGGAAGAUACCGCGGUUUUAAUGGCGAUUCGUAGUCAUGGUUUAGUUCGAUCAGUGGAGCUUGUCUCUCAAUCGAAUGCUUUUUACAGCGGAAAUUUUGGGAAUUUUGGAAACUCUAUCGCCGCUACAUCCACAGACUCGAUGAGGCUAAAUAAUUCGAGCAACAUGGAAGACUACAACGACUGGGAUUUAGACAAAGUAGACGAUAACGACCAACAAGAAAACUUUUUAGAAAGAGCUGUGGCAGAAGCUAUCAAGAAAAAGGGACUUAUCGCGCUUAGCAAUAGUCGAAAAGAAGUAUAACGCAUAUAAUUUUUUAUCUUUGCAAAUCCAUUUCGAUUUGUCCUACCAAUUUCCUAGAUGAUAUUCAUCAGAAGUCAUUCAAAUAAUUCUAAUCAUGGAAUUGCAGUUUGCUAAGGAAAGAAAAAUUCUGAUGACUAUCUAUUUCUUUAUCUAUCGAAUACAAAUAAAUAUAAUUAUAUGUAAAAGUGUAACACGGUUAAAUAUCUAUUGCAGUGCUAGAUUUCAUUGAUAUGUAAUAAAAAAUGGAUGUAGUACAAAAUUUUGUUGACUAAAAUCUAUGAAAUCAAAAAUUAUAAUUUUUGAUUAUAGAUAGAGAAAUAAUGUUCAUUAUAUUUAGUUUACUAAGAGACGUAUUAUAAAUGCGAUUACAAAGAAACUGCAGUCUUUAGUUGAUGCUAACCACUGUAUAAUUAAAUAAUAUAUAAAUCAGUGAAUCGAUUAGUUAUCUUGUUACGUAUCGUUUAGUGGUCAUGCUUCGUUCCGUGUGGUAUUCUAUCGCUUUCAUCCAUUCCUGAAGAUGUAUUACAUCUGUCUGUAUAUUAUAACUUUUGUGUAAUGCAUCAAACGUGUCUACUUUUUAGAAUCAGUACCACGAAUGUAUAUCGCUCUUUUAAAACGAAGAAAAGUCGUUGUACGUAAGAAUACUAUAGGGUUACUUUUCCAUUUUGUAUGCAAGAUCCUUAUUAAUAUGUGUAUCUCAUAUUUGUAAAUAGAUUGUUACGUAUAAAUCGUAUAAAUAAAUUUCCAUUCAUGUUAUACGAAGAUAUGUAUCUCUGUACAAGACAUGUAUUACAUUCUCGAUAAUUCGUAAUUUCUGGUAAUUAGAAAUAAAGAAGAAAAAACGAUGA